AUGGCAGUCAUGCCCUUGCCUGCAAAUAACAACGCUUCGUCGUCGUCGUCGCCUACGCCCGCGUCUGCUGCGUCGACGCCCGCGCCUCAGCAGCCGACCUACACGACCGCUGGCACCAUAUACAACCCAAACUCGUCCCAGCCGCUCCAGCCACCUGCACGUCGCGGACGCUCCACCAAGUGGAACGUUGGCGUUAACCAAACGGAGCUUUGCCUCUUCCCCAAGGCCGUCCUCGCCGGACUGACCAUGAAGGCGGUUGCCAACGGACGCGCCUCCACUGGCAUGCAGCAGUAUGCUCCGCUGCAGCAGAACUCGGACCGUGCCGUCAGUCCUCUGAGCACCUCCGAGCAUGGCUCCAUGGGCAUCGCUCUGCCUUCUCAGACUCCACGCCUGAAUACCGGCAACCAUUCCACCACUCAGACGCACUCUCUUGCACAAAAGGAGAAUGUCAACGCUUCCGAGACGACCAAGGAGCGUCUGGACAAUACCGUCGAUGGCGACGGUAACGGUUUGGUUGGAUCCACUACCGAGCAGCAUGCAGAAGAGGCCGACGAUGACCAUGCUGGCCCCCCCGCCCAUCUACUCAGCAUGAGCAUCAACGGGCUGAAGAGCCUGGCAUCGUACCCGAACCCGUGCCAGAAGGAUGCCCAGAAGCUUCUCAAGCCAACUGUUGAUUUGGCCGCUCCAAAGGCCUUGACCGCUCCUGUCCUGGGUUUCCCUGCCGCAGGCACUCAGAAGGUGCCGCCCAAGGACGAGGUGACGGGUGUUCGAGGACCUCCGGGACUCACUCUGCUGCGCCCCUCGCACAUUGAUGGUGUCAGCAAUGUUACUGCUACGCAGAACAAGCUGUUUCCAAUUUCGAUGACUCGGUCCCCUAGCCCGGCAUCGGGUCUCGAGAAUGUCAUGACGCCGCCGUCGUCUGCCUCAGCGUCUAGCACACGCUCUGGCCCGGCUCCCUUGACUGCCGGACCACCUGGCCAGCGACAAUAUCGCCCACUCGCCUACGACUCCAUGGUGAAGACGUUCCAGUCUGGUCUCGAGACGAUGGAACAGCCUCUGGAGUACGUGGAAGGAACUGGCAAUUCCAACAACGCCAGCGCCGGAGCGGAGAUGGUGGACAGCGGCCUCGGAGCCAAUAUCCCCCGAGCCUACUCUCUCCCUGAGACCUUUACUACGGCGUCGCUGAUCCAGACGCCUCCUCCCUCUUCUGAGGCCGUUUGUUCAGACGAGCCAUCUGAGCCAAAGAAGAAGAGCCUUCUCGCUGAGCUCGUGGAGACCUCGGAGCCUGAUGGCUCCCCCGUUCGCAACAACACCGGCAUUUCUGCCUAUGUUGACGGGCCCGCUUGGGACCAGGGCUAUGACUAUGCCGCAUACUACGCGCAGGCCCGUCAGAGAUAUGGCGGUGGCUACUACUUGAGCAGUGUGGAUGCCUCGGGCCAGCGCGGCUCCAUCUGGAACGAUAGCCAGCUGCGGACCGAGCGUGGCUGGUACGCCGGCUCCCACCUUCUCGGCAAGACAAUGGAGGAGAUUGUUGCUGAGGAAAAUUAUCGCAAGCGACGCUGCGUGUUUGGCGCAAUCGGGGAUGGGCGCCCCAAACCCUCGGGCAAGAAGGAAUACCCCCGCAUCUCGAUUGAGGAGGCAAACAGCAUCACGACACCCGAGCACGCGGAGCCGCUGCUGCGCAUGAUGUACGGUUCCCUGCUCCAGGCGGUCGAGGAGGGGAAGCUCGGCACGGAAUUCUACAAGUGGGCUGAGGAACAAGACAAGAAGUAUGAUGGGAAGGUGAGCGUUGGAAAGACUGCCGCGAAGGAGCAUAUCGAGGUGGAAGCAGAGUGA